CGGCAGCCGGGGCAGCCGGAUCGCGGCGGCGGCUGCUGCUGCUGCGCGCAGGGAGCGUGGAGCGGAGGGAUGUGGGGCUUUGGGGGAGGCAGGAUCUUCGGGAUCUUCUCUGCUCCCGUCCUGGUGGCCGUGGUCUGCUGCGCCCAGAGUGUGAACGAUCCCGGCAACAUGUCCUUCGUGAAAGAAACUGUGGAUAAAUUGUUGAAGGGCUACGACAUCCGCCUCCGGCCGGAUUUCGGAGGUCCGCCCGUCUGCGUGGGGAUGAACAUCGACAUCGCCAGCAUCGACAUGGUUUCCGAAGUCAACAUGGAUUACACUUUGACUAUGUAUUUUCAACAGUACUGGAGAGAUAAGAGGCUGGCUUAUGCUGGCAUACCUCUGAACCUCACGCUUGAUAACCGAGUGGCAGAUCAGCUUUGGGUGCCUGACACUUACUUCUUAAAUGACAAGAAAUCAUUUGUGCACGGCGUUACUGUGAAGAAUCGAAUGAUUCGCCUUCACCCGGACGGAACGGUGCUUUACGGCCUCAGAAUCACAACCACUGCAGCAUGUAUGAUGGACUUGAGAAGAUACCCAUUAGAUGAACAAAACUGUACUCUGGAAAUAGAAAGCUAUGGCUACACAACUGAUGACAUAGAGUUCUACUGGAGAGGUGGAGAUAAUGCAGUCACUGGCGUGGAGAGGAUUGAGCUUCCUCAGUUCUCUAUCGUGGAAUACAGACUGGUGUCAAAGAAUGUUGUCUUUGCCACAGGUGCCUAUCCAAGACUCUCAUUGAGCUUCAGGUUGAAAAGAAAUAUUGGCUACUUUAUUCUUCAAACCUAUAUGCCCUCCAUACUGAUUACUAUUUUAUCAUGGGUGUCAUUCUGGAUCAAUUAUGAUGCAUCAGCAGCAAGAGUUGCCCUUGGAAUUACAACUGUGCUGACUAUGACAACAAUCAACACUCACCUGCGAGAGACUUUGCCUAAAAUUCCAUAUGUUAAAGCCAUUGACAUGUAUCUCAUGGGCUGCUUUGUGUUUGUCUUCUUGGCCUUACUUGAAUACGCCUUUGUCAACUACAUUUUCUUUGGAAAAGGCCCUCAAAGGCAGAAGAAACUUGCAGAAAAAACAACAAAGGCUAACAACGAUCGCUCAAGGUUUGAAGGCAAUCGGGUGGACACCCAUGGAAACAUUUUGCUAACAUCUCUUGAAAUUCACAACGAGGUGGCAAGCAACGAGGUCACCACCAGCGUUACAGAAGCCCGAAAUUCAACUAUAUCUUUUGACAACUCAGGAAUCCAGUACAGAAAACAAAGCUCACAUCGUGAAAGCCUUGGAAGGCGUUCGUCAGAAAGACCGGGCUCACAUAGCAAGAGGGGCCAUUUACGAAGAAGGUCUUCGCAACUGAAAAUAAAAAUCCCCGAUUUAACAGAUGUGAAUGCCAUCGACAGAUGGUCAAGAAUGGUGUUUCCAUUCACAUUUUCUCUUUUCAACUUAAUUUACUGGCUAUACUAUGUUAACUGAGUGACUUAGUUUUUUUUAAAGGACUUCAACUAUAACAAGUGAAGUACUACUUGCCUGCAGAGUUUAUAUAUAUAUUUAUAUAUAUAUAUAUUUAUAUAUAAAAAAAUAUAUAUAUGAACUUUUACUAUGUAGACCAUACUCAUGUAUGUGUGAAUACAUGUAGCAAAGAACUGUGUGUACUUUAAAGCACAUACUGCAAAGCAAAAGUAUAUGUAUGCACACACACAUGAACACAUUCAUUCUGAGGUUAUGGACACUUUAACAUAGAAUGCACUUCAGAGGAACUUUUUCAAUCAAAAGGCAGGUGUCGUCAAAGCAGCAAGCCUUGAGAAAGUAAGUGUUGUAUAUUGUCAGUACAAAACUGAUUGUCAGAAAUUUUUGAACAGCUGUAAUCCUGUAUAAAGUCAGUAUUUAGUAACAUCCUUUGUAAAUGCUGCCAUACACGCUAAUCAUAAAGCAGUAGAGUUACACUCUUAAGUUUAAAAUAAGUUAUUUAUAUUGCAGAUCCAGCAACUACCAUUUCAUCAAGCCAAAUUUUUUUUUUCUUUGCUAAAAUUUCUUGGGUUUAUAUAUGUCAUAAUACACAUUUUCCCUGGGUGGGCAUAGUUUUUAAUGAUCUCUUGCUUUCUCUUCUGCAGUAGGCAAGCUGAUCAUGGGA